CUUUUGUGGUUUGAUUUUUCUGUAGCCAAAGAUCCCUUCUUGAUUUCUUGCAAUUAAGAUCCACUGCUGUUCAUUACUGUAACUCCAGAUCUUCAGUUGAUGUUUUUCCUUCUGGAGGGACUUCUCUGGGUUAGUUGGAUUUUUGUUUCUUUUACUCGGGGAAGAUGACUCGAAGGAAAAUCGAGAUCAAGAAGAUAGACGACGCAAUCGCAAGACAAGUUACUUUCUCAAAGAGGAGAAGAGGGCUUUUCAAGAAAGCUUAUGAACUCUCAACUCUAUGUGAUGCUGAGAUUGCUCUCAUGGUGUUUUCUGCAUCUGGCAAGCUUUUUGAGUACUCAAACUCAAGCGUGGGGCAAGUGCUUGAAAGGCGCAAUCUACAUCUAAAGAACAUCGACAUGUUCGGCCAACCAUCUCUUGAGCUGCAGCCUGAUGGUGCUGUGUAUGCCACGCUGAACAAAGAAAUAGCGGAGAAAACCCGUGAACUGAGGCACGUGAGGGGAGAAGACCUACAAGGAUUGAACUUGGAAGAACUACAUAAAUUAGAAAAAUUAAUCAAAACAAGCUUGUGUCGCGUCGUGGAAGAAAAGGAGGGUAAAAUUAUGAAUGAGAUCAAUACUCUCAAGAACGAGGGGGAGCAAUUAGUAGAAGAGAACCGGCGAUUGAAGCAGCAAGUGAUGAAUUUAUCAGCAGGCCAAAGGCAUUUGCUCGAACCAGACAAGUCAUCAGAUUCUCUGGUGACCAAUACCAGGAGCAUGAGCUCAGCUGAUCCUUGUCAGGACUGUGACAGCCCUUGCGCUUUUCUUACACUAGGGUUACCUUUUCGUGUUUGAAUUGGAAAGAUGGAGGCGCAUCCAGCAAGAGUAUUUUUAGCUUGAUCUAAAUAAAUAAUAAAAAAGAACAUUUAAUUGUAACAUAUGUACCAAACUGAACAGAGAAUCCCCUUCAUUGUGGUCUUAUUCUUCUUUUUUAAAUCGACUGUAAAGAAUCCUUGAAUUAAUUUACACGUUAAUCCUGUUAAUCUUAAAGCGUUCAUUAUACGUUAGUUUAGUAAAUUUUAAAAAAUU